AUGCCGCGCGCGCGGCUGCUGGUGCUCUUCGGCAGCCAGACGGGCACGGCGCAGGAUGCGGCGGAGCGGCUGGGCCGCGGGGCCCGGCGCCGCCGCCUCGGCUGCCGGGUGCAGGCCCUGGACGCCUACCCGCUGGCGAAUCUGGUUCACGAGCCCCUGGUGAUAUUCGUUUGUGCAACCACAGGCCAAGGAGACCCUCCUGACAACAUGCAGCGCUUUUGGAGGUUCAUAUUCCGGAAGAGCCUGCCGGCCACCGCCCUCUGCCAGCUGGACUUCGCCGUCCUGGGCCUCGGGGACUCCUCCUACCCCAAGUUUAAUUUUGUGGCCAAGAAGCUGCACCGCAGGCUGCUCCAGCUGGGGGGCAGCGCCCUGCUGCCUGUGGGCCUGGCCGACGACCAGCAUGAGCUGGGCCCCGACGCCGCCAUCGACCCCUGGCUGCAGGACCUGUGGGAGAAGGUGCUGGGGCUGCACCCCGUGCCCUCCGACCUUGGCGUGAUCCCUCCCGGAGUCCCCCUGCCCUCCACCUUCAGCCUGCAGCUCCUGCAGGGGGCCCCCAGGACCAGCCCCGAGGAGCAGGAUGGGGCCGCGACAGGCCCGCCGGGUCCGCCGUCGGAGCUGAGGCCCUUCCCGGCGCCCAUGGUGGCUAAUCGGAGAGUGACCGGCCCCGCCCACUUCCAGGACGUCCGCAUGAUCGAGUUUGACGUUGCAGGCUCUGGGCUCAGUUUCGCACCUGGGGACGUGGUGCUGCUCCGGCCCGAGAACGCGGCCGGCCCCGUCCAGCAGUUCUGCCAGCUGCUGGGCCUGGACCCCGACCAGCUCUUCACCCUGCAGCCCCGGGAGCCAGGUGUGCCCCGCCCCGCCCGGCUGCCGCAGCCCUGCUCCGUGCGGCACCUCGUGUCCCGGUACCUGGACAUCGCCAGCGUGCCCCGCCGCUCCUUCUUCGAGCUCCUGGCCUGCCUGUCCCCCCACCAGCUAGAGCGGGAGAAGCUGCUGGAGCUCAGCUCGGCCCAGGGCCAGGAGCAGCUGCUGAGCUACUGCACAAGGCCCCGCAGGACCACCCUGGAGGUGCUCUGUGACUUCCCGCACUCGGCUGGCGCCGUCCCCCCAGACUACCUGCUGGACCUCAUCCCCCCGAUCCGACCCAGGGCCUUCUCCAUCGCCUCCUCCGAGCUGGUGCACCCCUCGAGGCUGCAGAUCCUCGUGGCCGUGGUGCAGUACCGGACCCGCCUCCGGGAACCCCGCCGGGGCCUCUGCUCGUCCUGGCUGGCGUCUCUGGACCCUGAGCGAGGACCUGUUGAGGUGCCCCUGUGGGUGCGUCCCGGGAGCCUGGCCUUCCCUGAGACACCAGGCACGCCCGUGAUCAUGGUGGGGCCUGGCACCGGCGUGGCCCCCUUCCGAGCAGCCAUCCAGGAGCGCGUGGCCCGGGGCCAGACCGGAAACUUCUUGUUUUUCGGGUGCCGCCGGCGGGACCAGGACUUCUACUGGGAGACCGAGUGGAAGGAGCUGGAGGAGAGGGGCUGCCUGAGCCUGUUCACCGCCUUUUCCCGCGAGCAGGAGCAGAAGGUGUACGUGCAGCACCGGCUGCGGGAGCACGGGGCCCUGGUGUGGCGGCUGCUGGACGGCCAGGGCGCCUUCUUCUACCUGGCGGGCAACGCCAAGGACAUGCCCGUGGGCGUGUCGGAAGCCCUGACGUCCAUCUUCCAGGAGGAGGGAGGGCUCUCCGGGCCCGAGGCGGCCGCCUACCUUGCUGGGCUCCAGCGGAAGCUGCGUUUCCAGGCCGAGACGUGGGCCUGAGGGGCCGUCCAGCCGGCGCUGGCCACUCUGACCGCUGCCCCCGCGGGCCCAGGCCCCCCCCCACCAGCAGCAGGGCAGCCAGCUCCCUGCACACCAGAUGACCUGGACCCGCCCCAUCCGGGUUCAGCUUCCUGUUGCCCUUUCCCCACCUGUGCCCUGGGCAUCGCGGCCUGAUGGGCAGCAGGUACCAGUCAGCCGUUUUGGGGUACUCUGUGCCCCAAAGCAUGGGUGUGUGAAGUGGCAGGAACCCCAGCAAUAAACAUGGCUCUGCUGUCUGCCCUGGUGUGCUCCCCUCGUGGCGCUGGUGGGGGAGUACUGUGCCCAGGGUGGCCCCAGCUGCCUCUGCCCGCAGCCCUUGGGUGUCUCCCCUAAUACAGUGGGCAGUGCCCGUCUGCCCCCUUGCAUGGG